CAAAACAUCAUGGACCCGACCAAUUUAGCCCAGAUAUGAAGAAAACACAGUUAUUAGAAGCCCAAUUACCAUUUUCUCCCACCAACCAAACACGAGUAUCAUGUCGUCUAUGGCUUCCUCCAUUUCCAUUGAUCCCUAAUAAAGAGCUUCAAUAAUCCACAGAUACUAGUGAAGCAGUUGAUGACUUGAACUGUAGUAUUUACAAUGUGGUCACUCUCAAAUUUGCAAGCUAUUUCUUUCAGACCUCGAAUCAUUCAACCCCACUUCUGCAAUGACGGCUGCACUGAGUUCAGACAGAGCAUGUUUUUAGCUUGGUUCAGAACCAACCAAGACAAGAUCAACGACUGUGUUACUUCACAUCUCCAUAUGCAGUGUUGUGCACUUUUAACUGACAAAACUAAGAUAGUUUCUGACAAUUUUCCUGGAACCUGUGCUUUUGAUUCAAAAGCUAGAACUUUCAAACAGCACCUUUUAGACAAGCAUCCCAUUCGCUGUUUGCUGAGACGAUGCCAAGUCGCUAGUGAAGAGUCAGGAGGAGCUUUGAGUGGCGAAAGCAUCUUGCGAAAUGAAGAAACUUUGACUCGAGAUUUAAAGACUGCUAUUAAAGAGGAGAACUAUGCCCAAGCAGCAAAAAUCAGGGAUAGCCUCCGGCUUCUCCAGGAGGAUAGCAAGGCAUCUGUACUAGCAGCAAAUGCUCGAUUUUACAAUGCUUUCAAGACUGGAGAUUUAGCUUCUAUGCAAGCCCUCUGGUCAAGGAGCGAAAAUACAUGCAUCGUGCACCCUGGGGUGAGUGGCAUAUCGGGCUAUGAUCUUAUAAUGGGAAGCUGGGAGUUUGUCUGGGCAGAAUAUGAUUUUCCACUUGAUAUAGAGAUCAGGGAUGUCCAAGUUCAUGUUAGAGGUGAUCUCGGGUACGUUACGUGCAUUGAAAUGGUCAAGACAAAGGGUAGCAGCUGGGGAAAGCAGUUUGCUACUAAUGUGUUUGAGAAGGUUGAUGGACAAUGGUUCAUAUGUAUUCACCAUGCCUCUUAUAUUGACCUGUAAAUUUGAACAAGAGAGCUGUUUUAGAGGGAGUGAGAAACGUAUAUUAUCAUUGGUUUCGUAACCUAUUAUUAACGGGUCAUAUAACAAGCAUAAUCAGAUUAGUAGCAUGUUAAUCAGAUUAUUAGAGAAGUAACUUAUCAAAAGGAUCGAGUGUUUGGCUAAAA